AUGGUCCUAGCCUGCGGUUGUAGACGGUGCGCUCUGCUUGCGCUGCCCAGACGUAAGAAAAGUGCACUGCCCGUCCAGUUGUCAGAAGAGAUGGAUAAUGUUACAGCUGAAGAAAUUAGAGACAAGCAUCUUCAAAAAGAUUUAGAUGCAGAAGAAAAUCAAAAUAUAGUAAAGACAUUGAGAGGCAAAGUGAGAGAAAAGCGAAAAAAUUCUAAGAUUAACAAAAAUGAAAAAUCUUCAACUGAGCAGCUCACUGAUAGCAAAAUAUAUCAAAGAACCAAGGUUUCUCCACAGACUGAAGUCUCAUUGGAUAAAAGCCUUUCAUUUUUCAUUCUGAAUGGUGAAGAAAGUUCAGCUUUGGAUGAAUCUUCAAAGCAGAGACCAGUAAACCAUAGUUAUCCCAAAUGCUUUUCACUUGGUGGUAAUUUACAAAAUGUUGAUGAGAGUGAAGAUGAAGAGUUUAUGAAAGAAUUCAUUUUGACAGAUUUAGUCAAAGUAAAAGCUGCUGAAUAUGAAGAUGAUCAAGAACAAAUAAAAAAACAGAAGGCAAAUAUUUUUGUACCAAGUAGUUCUCCAGGUAAUAUUCUUUUCCAGUAA